UGUUGAUGCACGCACAACCGCAGACUACGAACGUUCAACAUCUCUGGGGGACACUCAGAAGCUGGUUAUCCAUUAAUGUAGCGAAAUAACCGCCUGGAAACUGUCGUUGAAACUCAUGUAUUGAAGAAGGAGACGUUUGUAACUUAAUUUGGGGUAACAAUGGUUGACUGGAGUCCGAUAGCGAAGGUGUACGACCCGCUGAAAGCUGGGAGCAUCGACGGCACGGACGUGGAGCCCCAUGACCAGGCGGUAUGGAGAGCUAUGGGUGCCCGCUAUAAGCCCAACAAAGGCGUUGUUGGAGACCCACUGCUCACCCUGUUUGCGUACCGUCUGAACCCCCAAACAACAGAGGACAAACUGCACCAAGUGUUCUCCAAGUACGGAGACAUUCAGCGGCUCCGGCUGGUCCGGGACAUCGUCACGGGCUUCUCCAAAGGAUACGCCUUCAUUGAAUACAAGGAGGAGCGGUCUGUUGUCCGGGCACGCCGGGACGCCAACAAGCUGGUGGUUGACCAGCACGAAGUGGCUGUGGAUUUUGAACAAGAGAGGGCUCUCAAGGGAUGGGUCCCCCGGCGGCUAGGCGGCGGUCAGGGGGGGAAGAAAGAGUCCGGACAGCUGCGGUUCGGCGGCAGGGACAGGCCUUUCCGUAAACCCAUUAACCUCGGUGUCGGUUCCGUGCAGGAACGGGGAGGCGGUGGAGGAGGGAGGGAGUGGGAUAGACCAGGGGCGAGAGACAGGGAGGACCGCGACCGACACAGAGAGGCCGAUUGGGGCAGCAGAGGUAGGAGAGAUGACCGGGACAGAGCCAGGGAGAAGGAUGACCGCAGACAGGGAGACAGGAGCAGGCCUUGGGACAGGAGAUGAAGGCCAUAUUUACAAAACUGGAGAUAACUCAAAAGUACUGAUUUUACCAGGUUCAAAGACAGUCUGUUAAAGAAGUUUUGAUCCACAGUCCUGCAGCCUACCUCAAAUGGAGACAUUUUUUUAGGUGUGCACUAAAGGAUAGUGGGACUGGUGAUUUGCACACAUGGGACUGGACAAUGAAUAGAAUAAGCAUUUCAAUUACAGAUGACUUUCUUGUGUUAUUAGUUCGGUUUGGGUUUGGAAUGACAAGCUUCCUGGUUGGUCUUUGUCAGAUUAUACUGUAUGGUAAUGACAUGUCAAGGUGGAGCUGUCAUUUUCAGCUGGCACUGAUUUUAGUAUUUUAGUAAUUCUCAAGGAAAUCUGAUUUAGUACAUGCUUUUGUAGUGUACAUUAAGCAGCAAAAAAAGUGUAAUAAUUCACCUGUUUGCACGGUACAUUACAAUGAUAGACUUAGUGUUUCACAAUUUUGAUGUUGUCCAGCAAGGAUAGCCUAAUGUGAAGUCUUACCAGCAGUAAUUAACCAAGAAUUUAAAAGCAUAAUCUGCAACUAAAAGGACAAAAUGGCAUUAUACAUCUACAAAGUACCUGUAAAUCCAAUUGAAUCUGUUUACGCAUCUUCUCUUUAUAAGUAUGAAGAUUCCGUUUCUGUUUUGAAAUCUGAGGUAAUGCUUAAUUCUGUGUUGAAACCGUAGUUGAAACACUGUAAGAUUUCCGAAGGAGGGCAGUUUAACAAUGUAGUGCCUCUCUAUGUCCUACAUGUUUUUACUGAUGAAGAUUUUUUGAGCAUCAUACUUGGUAAAAAGCCACUGAUGAGGGUUUGUGCAACACUGACUAUAUAAGAGGGAAGAAAACCAAAUAAACCAAAUAUCGUUUUAA